UCAAGCUAUAUCCCGGGCUAUAAUAUGUGCACACUCUAUUCGUACUUUUGGAAGUAACGUCAUAUUUUAUACUCUCAAAAUGGAAGUAUUGAGCUCAGUUCUCUCUUUAUUAUCGACCCAUUGGGUUGGCACUUUAGUAAUAUCCCUCGUUAUUCUGUUUUGUUACUGGGGAAUCGCUCCGUACAGGCGAUCCGCCAUCGUUGCUCAAAUCGGAGACAUUCCAGGGCCACCACCAUUACCGUUUGUUGGUAACUCCUUGGAUUUGUUCCGUUAUAAGGGACAAAUGCACCUACAGUUUGAUGACUAUUACAAGAAGUAUGGCCGUCUUUUUGCUACGUUUAUAGUGAGUAGAAAACCUUACAUUGUGAUAGGUGACCUCGAAAUGGUGAAGGAUUUGUUGGUGAAGGAAUUUCAGAGCUUUCAUGAUCGUCCUGGAUCGGUGGUUACAUUACCCAAGCCUUUAAACAGCAUGAUGACAACAGUCACUGGACAAACAUGGCACCGUAUUCGUUCCACUUUGUCACCGACAUUUAGUGGUCACAAAAUGAAAGUGAUGGUUCCAUUGUUAACCAAGUCCUGUGAUGUAUUGAUCAAGAAACUACAAGAUGCUGAAAAGUCUGACCAAUCCGUCGAUGUAUACAAGUUAGUAUUAAUCUUAAUUUUGACUUAUUUACUUUGUGAAGUGAUCUUUUUGACUUUACAUCUAUCUUUUUCAGGUUUCAUUCUUGCUCGAGUUGCUACCAAAGACUGCACCAUAAAAGGCUUUCCUAUCAAAAAAGGAACAAGUAUAUUCGUCCCAGUCUACAGCAUCCAACGCGAUCCAGAGUAUUACGACAAUCCCGACAAGUUUGACCCAGAACACUUCAGUGCCGAAGCAAAGCAGUCACGUGAUCCCUACGCUUACAUGCCGUUUGGUCAUGGGCCUCGUAACUGUAUCGGGAUGAGGUUCGCGAUAUUUCAGAUGAAGAUGUCUUUAGCAAGGAUUCUGAAACAGUUCAGCUUGGUGGUUGGCCCGGAGACAAAAGUUCCUCUUGAAGUCAAAAUGAAGAAAGUCUUAGGUUGUGGGAAAGACGGAAUACAACUUCGCAUCAAGAGUAGACAUUAAGACAAAGUUUAAAAAAGUGCGAACUAUUUUUAUUUAUUUAGUUAAAUAGAGAUAUGAUGAACAGCGAGUCUUUUUUUGAUAUGAAGGUCUGACAAAGUAAAAAUAAAAUGUUGUUUGAAAACCA